AACAUUUGUAUGUGGCAAUGUGAAAGCGUUAGUUUAAACAGCAUAGGUAAUCAAACAGAACAUGUAAUGAUUCUGAUCAAGCCUUACCUGAGUAACUUCGGCGAUAUUCCCGCGCAGACUGUUGGAACGUCCUUUCACGUGAUGGCACCCGUGUAGCUAGCAACGAAGCACAAGGUUUUGUGGAUCACUUUUCACUGUUUCUCGAAAAAUUCAAUUUGCCUAGAGUGGUGCUGCAGUGAACUCGACGAUGUAGGAGAUUCCGUACGAGGGCGCUGAACGACAAGCGUGGGAAUUAUAUCACGUAGCGCAGGUGUGGGCUUAUGGCGCUGAUAACGCAGGCCGGUGAUAACUUGUUAUUAAUAAAUCGGCUUGUCUUUCGACAAAUCCUGGACUAUGUUUAUCCUUGUUAGAACUAGGCGAUAUUCUUCUUGCACAACUGGCAGAAUCGGGGCACAACAGAAAAAAAGCCGUCAGGUGUCGAAGCAAUACUCCGACCUGCCACCUUGAAUGUGUAAGCGUGAACUUUGUUCUGAAUUAUCAUGAAAUAAACUUCGUUAUUGCUUAAAAAACGUAGCGGUGUUUAAGCAGAUCAUUUGGUAAACCAACGACUCAGACGAUUCCUUUUUAAGCAAAAAUCUUGUUUAAAUGGAACAGCACAUCUCAUUCGCCUGCAGCUCCGGCGAGUGUUGUUUGCAAAUGGAAAUGCGUUGUUCACGGAUAACUGAAUAAGCGCGCUGUAGACGAAUCACUCUCAAAUAGCCCGUUAGCACGCAACUAAGCAUGGGCUAGAGAGAUUUCUUGCGUAGCGCGCCAUGCGUGACGUAAACAGCGAAACGCCCAUCAUUCAGUUCCCAUGCACUUCCACACACAAACUGCGCACAUCCACAGUUACGUCAUUCCGUUUCAAACCGAUCAGUCCAACGAACGAAACCCGAAAAACGUGGAAGUCACAAACACAACAUUCCGUCAAUGUCGAACAGAGUUUCGCUGCUUUUCGCUAAUUAUGCGGGUGCGCCACUCACAAUCCGGCGUCGCCGAGUUGCCGCCGAGUUCUCGUAUCCUCUUCGAUUAAAAGGUUAGGAUGAGCUCGCAACACUUCGAAAUCGUCGACCGAUCUGGGCAGUAGGCGAUCAGCGUAGUGCUCGGUGACUUCGCUUAGUCGCUAAGUGUAACACCUGUGACUGCCCCCGCCGCGCAGCUGCACUGAUGGUGUCGCAGCGUUGCCCAAGUCCGGUAAGUAUCCUCCAAGGAUGUCCCGACGGAGAUGUUCCACAGAGAUGGCGAAGAGGAUGCCCUAAUCCUUCCAAGGUUUCCCGAUGUCUGCGACGAGGAGCCCGAGUCGUAUGGUCGCUGUGUCGUCUACCGGUGGGCAUCGACGAACGACGACGAGGGAGCGCCUGGGAAGAGUAACUGCCGCGACGGCCGGCUCAUCAGACGUCGCGCGCUCGCCUCGAGCGCCGCACGGCUGUUUGCAGCGUUGGGAGAGAAGACGUGCGCGGAUAAGCGAGGAGGACACGACGCUACACACCUGGCGGCGGCGGCGAAGAAGAAGAGCCGCCGAGGAGUCGACGCCGAUGGAGCCGGUCCGCGGCGUAGCUCGUGUUUCCCUUGGGCAGCGCGGGCGGUGGUGCCCGGCGCUACCUGGCGCGACCCGCCAAGAGGCGGCGCCAGCGUCAAGAGGCACGUGUGCCCGCCGGCUUUGGUGGCACGCUUGCUUGGCGGAGCAGCACCUCUGAGGAAGGGCUCCCCCGUGGUCAGAACAACGGCGCACCUAGGAGUGAACCGUAUUCGACGGCCACUGAAAUGUACACGCGCAUCGAGCGACGGAACGCGGCAGCAGGCGGAAGCAGUUGCACAAGAACUGUGGAAAGCUGCUUAGAUGGCGACUGCAAAGUAACGAUACCGUGCAUCAACGGAGCUUGUGAUGGACUUGGCCGCUGUAUCUGUAAGCCAUGCUGGGAAGGUGACUCUUGCGACGAGUUUGUGGACCUGUACCCGCCGUCGUUUCCGACCCGGUCCGAGGUGGUCGGCAUCUCGGAGCCCGAUGUCGCCCGGCCCGUGUUCCGCGCCGUGGCCAAGGACCGCGACCUCGAGGACACGUGCGAGGGCCGCGAGCCGUGCGCCUGCGCGGUAAACAGCUACGGCAUCGUGGCUGGCAACCGGUACCAGCUCUUCUCAGUGGACAACGUCACCGGCCACGUGACUCUCGAAGACCCGCACCACCUGGUCGAGAGCGUCCCGUUCCCUGUCACCUUUGGCGCCUGGUCGCCGGGCAGCUUCGAGAACGACACCGACCCGGACACGACCAUGCAGGUGACCUUCUACCUGGACACAGCCGAGGACCACGAGGAACACAGCCACGCGCUGACUGGAGACAUUGACAGGGCUCGCCAUUUUCACAACCGCACCAAACGCCAGGCGCCGCCUUCGUCGACGGACUCGGAGAAUUACCGGACCGACUUCAAGCUGAACAUCGUGAGCGGCGACCCGGCCUCCAUGGAGCUGGGCCGCGUGCUCGAGUACGAGCUGCAGAUCACCGUGCCGCCCACCGAGAGGCUGGACCUCCUCGUCGACAUCUUCACCAAGGACGUGAUCGCGGAGAACUACGUGCCGCCGCUGGCCAUCUUCGACGUGAAGACGGACCUGCCGCCCGAGAUGACCUUCAGCGUCGGGGAGCCCGAGCCCAAGAUGAUCCUCAGUGAGUCCCUGAGGAACGUGUACGACCGGGUGGUGGUAGAAUUCGGCAACAUCGUCAAUCCGGACACCAGCAGGAACAUCCUCGUCCGCUUCUCAGUGACCGCCGUGCGAACACGAAUGACGUCUAAGACUCACUACGUCACCGUCGGCGCCGAGUUCGACUUCGAGACGUACGUCUGGGUCGGCCAAACAGAAGUCACCGUUAACCCGCCCAAAGCGAACGAGGACGAGAAGAACCUGGAGGUCGAUGUGAGUGGGCCGAACGAGAUCGCGCUGGACAGCGCAGGCAUCUACACCGUCGACAUGUACCUCAGGAUGCGCUCGGACCGAGUCACCAUCUCCGUCACGGGACCCACCGACCUCGAGGACCUGCUCGCUGUCGGAAACCUUGGGGUAUCCAGUUUCAGCGAAAACUACCGGGCCGUUCCCAACGAUAUCAACCACUACAAGACGGAGCUCACGCCAUCGGCGACGAAGGAGACCUACAGCGCUGCCAAAAUCGACAUGGGCCUCAUCACAAGCACUGGCUCGAUCUACCAGAAGGCCCGAAUCGACGAGAACAAGAUCAGCUUCACGUUCGCUCUGUUCGCCCUGAACAAGCCGGAGUACGUGGGCGAGACCAAGACGGCCAUGCUCGAGAUCACCGUGGCCAACAAGGUCAUGUACAAGGAGCCCAUCUACGUCAACCUCACGGACAUCAACCUCGACGAGCCGACAAACAACAUCGAGGACGUCCUUCCGAUAACAGAGCUGACAAAGACAACGCUAGGCAGCCUGCUCAAGUUUACGCUCCACCUGAACGUCACUUCCGGCGGUUUCACGGCGAUCCGCGUGAUGGCCGAGGUCGAUCCCGAAAGCCCGAUGCAGCUGUGCUCGGCGCGUUUCGACCUCGAGGAAAGCGGCUUCAACUUGCCCUGGGUCAACACCAGCUCGGCCGAGGCUACGCUCGAGAACGAUCACUACGUGGUGGACCUUGGCCGUGUGUUCGUCUCCCACCAGCGUACGGUGAGUUCUGCCCGGGAGAACACUCUGGUGCUGGAGGUGUUCGUGUACGUCGACUACACGAUGGACGUGAACCUCAAGGAGGGAAACCUGUUCCCCAUCAAGAUGAAGGUCGGCAAGGGAGACGACGGGCUGCUCGUCCCUUUCGAGGCGCUCACCCUCGAACCUAAGCGCUACAUGUACAACCCGGACGUGAAGAUCUUGGACGCGGUCGGAUGGCGGGAGCUGUACGUGAGCGGCGCGGUGGCGCUGGACGUGGUCGUCUCGAUGCCAGCGGGCUCGACACACGCCAACAUCACGGUCGACGUGGCGGGCCAGAACAACCCGAGCUUGCCCGGUCUGCACGUGUGCCGCGCCAGGCUGUCCUUCGUGGGCCGAGCCAUGCCCUGUCUGCAGGCAGUACGCGACACCAUCAACAUGGAGGGUGUCAGCUACCCCAAGCUCAACCCAGCCCGUAGCGACACAGACUCGGGGCAGGUGUCCCUGGGCACGGUGUCGCACAUUCCCAAGAGCCUGAGCAACCUGACCGAGAGCAAGAUGAUCAUCAACUUCGUGGCCACCAUACAGGACGACGCCGAGUUCGCCAACGGGGCGCCGUACGGCAUCGUCACCACCGUGUCCAUUGGCGGCAAGAGCGUCUUCACCGAGGAGAAGAAGUUUGCCGCCACAAGGGGGCCCUCCAAGGACUUGCUGCGGAACAACCCGAUCUUCGCGUACACACGGCCGCUGUGGACGUCGCCCAUCGUUCCCGGCAUGGUGGCCGAGUUCGAGCUGGUGCUCAAAGCGCCGCCACGCAGCAUGGGCCUGUACCUGGUCGAAGUGAGCACGGCCAGUACCGACGUGAGCGUCUGCGUGCUCAAAAUAAAGUCCGUGGGCGACACCAUGCCCUGCCUGGACCCCGACACGCCGGCCACGUACGCGCUCCACGACGACCCCAACGACGGCAACAAGAGGGCCUCCAUCGCCCUGCAAGCUCUCGCCAACGUCGGCACGUACCCCAUGCGAACGGUGAAGGACCUGGACCCGAACACGGUGGUUUUCUCAGUCAUGAUCCGCGUCAAGGAGACGGCCACCAAGAACAAGGCGCUCAAGUGCCGCAUCUCGUACGGCUCCAAGGGCAACUUCGAGGAGAGCCUCACCGUGCCCGUGGCGAGCGGCGCCGCUGCGCGGACGCCGCAGCACGACGAAACGCUCGCCAAGCCCCCUCGGCAGAUGAUGGUCAGCCCCCACGAGCCCACCUUGCACAGCCUCGCGCCUGGGGCGAUGCUCCUGGUGACCCUGUUCCUCGAGCUCGAGCCGUUCACCGCGUCUACGCUCAACUUCGACCUGACGCUGGACGAAGGUGCCGCCACCAUGGACGAUUUCGAGCUGUGCCACGAGGGGGUCUCGCACCUGGGCAUGAACUACCCGUGCGUCAAGCCCAGCCAGUGGAGCAAGCUGCCGGUCAACGCAGCAAAAAGAAUAUUUGGGCACUACGACUUGCACCUUAUCUGCAACUCGUACAUCGAACGGAAGACUGAGGAAGAGAACAUGUUGAAGUUCACGGUGCCGCUACUGCUUAAACGGAACUCGAGCCUGCUACCAGGAAUGGAGGUCAGCAUGACUGCCACCGCUGUCUCUGGACAAUCGAGUCGCAAGACCGCGACUACCCGACUGCGCAUCGUAGAUGUGCCGGACCAGACAUUGGGAACGGGCGAUCCCCAGGUCAAGUCUUCUAACCCGGGUCCUACAGACAUCCGAGUUCGACAGCGGCUCUGGAUCCCCUUCAACAUCACCCUGGCAAGGGGAACCAUGGCCGAGCUGCACGUCGAGGCCCGAGGCGCCGUGCACGAAAAGAGUGGCAUCGUGAAUCUACACGGGCUGCGCGUGGAGGCCGUGGGCCGCAACAUUCCUUGCUGGCGAAGCCGACCUCUGAACUUCACGCUCACGUCGUCUUUUGCCAGCGUGCAGACCGACAAGGCGUCCGCGUCGCUGGGAUUCUAUGCCAACCCAGGCUACAGCCACGUGCGGGACAAACUGCAACAGGGCGACGACGACCUGGUGGUGGAGGUGCUGGCCGAGAUGACCGACCACCCGGUGGCCGACGACGGCAGCCGUCACCCGGUGACGCUGCAGGUCAGCGCGCUCCACUGGCGCGCCACGGCCACCCACAUGCUGCGCAUCGUGCGCACAGGAAAGGAGAGCGCGCUGGUCGACGCCCGGGUGCUGGUCGACGACAGCCGCGUCUACGAGAGGGAGGACCGGGUCUCUAUUGCGGCCUACAUUCGUCACUCGGACGACUCGACCUCUGAGCCGAGCAAGCUCGUAUUCCGCCUGUUCCUGCCGUUCUUCAUCACCUUCGAGUCGCUGGUCGAGGUGGUGUCGGUCAGCCACUACCAACCCGUCGUCAGGAACACUAGCACCGGCGUCGACAUCGAGCUGCCCACGCUGCUGUUCGCCGACCAAGUGGAGCUGAACAUGACGCUGGCCGUGGACCCGGAGAACAAGCGCGGCUACGGCAAGGGCGAGACUCUGGCCACCAUUCCGUACCGCGUGCUGUGCGACCAGACCUCCAGGGGAUCGCAGAAGCAGGCGCAGGGGCUGCCCUGUGCCAACACCAGCCACUUGGUUUUCACCGUCAACAGCAACGAGUGCGUCUUCGAGCUGGGACUGCAGAGUGGACUAAUCGAAAACUGCCAGAUAACGGCCUCGUCGGCAGCUGACACCUUGCACGCGCCGUGGGAAGUGCGCAAGGGCGGAUCCAGUGUGUGGUCCCCAGCCGUGAAGGCGAGCCUGCAGCACGACUACCUGCAGGUGAACUUUAUGCGUGUCACCAGGGUGUCCCAGGUGGAGGUGGUGUACGUGCCGGGCUCGCGCCGGGUAUCGAAGUACCGGCUGCUCUACAGCGACAACGGCCAGGACUGGCACAAACACGGAGACGUUCGAUCCCUGGACCACAAGAACGGCGUGGCCAUCGACCGGCUCGAGAAGACAAUCCAGGCGCGCCAAAUCCGCUUCGUCAUUGAGGAGGCGUCCGACCCGCAGAUGGAGGACGAGCUCCUAGUCGGCAUGCAGCUGGAGCUGUAUGGAUGCUAUAUCGAGGAGUUGAACCAGGAGCACGGAGUUGCUUGUGAAGAGGACAAUACCUGGUACUCUCAUGUUAAAACCAAGAAAACGCGCCAUUUUGCAGUGGACACGACCAACAACAUCGUCUACUUCUGUGACUUCCACGGAAAGACAGAUCACUUGGCCUGCUUCUCUUCCAACGACGGAGGAAAAACUUGGAUAAUCCUGGAGCCGUUCGUGAAUCACCUGUUGGGCUUCGACCCGGAGUCCAGCCGCAUGCUGGCCUCCGACUCGUCGGGCGAGUCCUUCCUGGCCAGCUCGGACGGCACCCACUGGGCGCUGGUGCCAGGCCGCGCGGCCAACGCCUCGCUCAGCCGCGCCAACUUCGUGCCCAGCCUGAUCGUGCCUGCAACGACGCGCUCCGACAUCCUCUCCAAGGACCUCAUCAUCGGCGAUUGGAAAGCCACCUACGAUGGGCUUGUGUACAAAGACGCCGAGGCUCCUGCCGCCAUCUGGAAAGGCUGCUGCAUCGGAGCGCUGUAGCCCCGACACCGGUUAACCACGGUGUCUACGCGUUGAGAACGUUCUUUUUUUUUUCUCGUACGCUCUUGCUUUGGCGGGCCGAAAAGCAAUAAGAAACGAACGAACACUGUGAAUUAUAAUAUAAAUUGCGUGGUUAUAUGGGAGAUGUCUCUCGAAGUACGUCGAGGAGCCGUAGAUAGCGUCGUUGUCGCGCACCGUUCGCGGUACGUCGCUGAGAUACCGUUGUUGUCUGCAGCACCCAUGUAUCAGAAUUUCACAUUUUAUAGCAAAGUAUUGUUGUCUGAACCAAGUGUUCGUAUAUAAGGCCGAGAUUACGAAUUACCGUGUAUCUCGUAGGCGACUUGUAAAAUAAUAAUCGUUCGACAGCCGCCGGCCUAACUUACUGAACAAUCAAACGCGGCACUUCCAACAACAUCCACGAUAAAAUUAAUGAUGCUAUGCUUACCAGCAAUUUGGUUAUAUUACGACUACAGGAUACAGGGCGUUGCCGGAAUAGGUGACCACAGAUUGUGCUCGCCGCGAUGAGCCUUCAUCAGGAAACUCAAAGCCGUCGCAUCUGAGUUCAGUUAAUAACACGUGACCCUAAACGAUCGCUUCGCGAUGUCACCAUAUUUGUAAUACUCUCUGCAAAAAGCAAAGGCGUCAUUAAAAACGAGUGAACACGAACAA